GUGAAAAAGAAGAAAAAAAAGACAGAAGCUUGGCGAGUUCCAGACAAGUGAACAGCGUGUCUGUCUGUCUACAUGGUUUGCUUAAUCAUCGUAAGCCUCACUUCCCCAAUACACGUCCACUCGAACACCUUGGGGCUGGAGAUGAAUGAGCCCGAGGAAGAACAGCCUGCGUUCGAGAUUGGGGUAGUGGUUCCAAAGAGGAAUGUGAAGGCAGAGGAUUCGACUUCUGAUUCUGUGGAGGUUCUUGUACGCGAAUUUAAGAAACUGGGUCUUAUAGUUGAGAGAGUCAUUGGUGUUGCUGAUGAGUUUAUCAAGCUAGCUGCACCUUUAGAGACUUUGGGGAGGGCGGCAGUCAGUUUGCAAAUAAAGAAACGGACCCAUAUUGGAGUGGAUUUACAAUUUGAAUGGGAGGAGUUUGAAGCUUUUGUGAGACAACCUGAUGGUUCACUGUUCAGUUGGAGUGAGCGGUUUCACUGUUAUCAGCACUUGAUAUAUAGAAUUGAGAAUAAGAGCCAGUCAGCUAUAAUACUGAAACAUGAUGAUAAAGAAUUAAAGUGGGAAAUUGGGGAAUGUUUGCUGCAGAAGUUAAAAUCGGAGAGUAUUGUUAAAGAUGUCUUUCCAUUGCAUGAUGAAAUAAAGAGAAAGAAACUCAUUCACAGUUGGGCCUUACAUUGGCGGGACUUCACAAAGCAGCCAAUAGAUGAGAUUUACUCGUACUAUGGAACAAAGAUUGCAGUCUAUUUUGCUUUCCUUGGAAUGUAUACAAGAUGGUUGCUGUUUCCAGCUUUCUUCGGCCUCACCUUGCAGAUGAUUGAUUUUGGGUCAUUGCAGUUACUGGUGCUUCCCAUUUUCUUCAUAUGCAUUAUACUAUGGGCAAUCAUGUUUUCCCAGUUCUGGAAACGUAAAAAUGCUGCCCUUUUGGCGAGAUGGCAAAUUAGUUAUCCAAUUGGAGCUGAUGCUGGAUGUAAAAUUUUGGGCAUGGAGUGGGGUUCCUUACAGUCACCCAUAGAAAUUAUAAGAAAAUGGGGAACUGACAACACAAAAGAGAAAGAAGUUUUUCAAAGGAAUGAGUGGUUUGGACGAAUCAAGAGAUUCAGAAAUGAUGCUUUCGUCAUCUUAAGUAUUAUAUGCCUCCAAUUGCCAUUUGAACUGGCCUAUGCUCAUACUUACGAGGUUAUGGAGUCUGAUCUUUUGAAAUUUGGGCUUACAACCAUUUAUCUUUUUGCCAUUCAAUAUGUUACACAAAUCGGGGGUAAGAUCUCUGUCAAGCUCAUUAAGCAUGAAAACAAUGAAAACACUGAAAAAAGAGCUGACAGCUUGGUGUAUAAGGUGUUUGGUCUGUAUUUUAUGCAAUCAUAUAUAGGUAUUUUCUAUCAUGCACUACUGCACCGCAGUUUUUCGACUCUCCGCCAAGUCUUGAUACAGCGCCUUCUUGUGUCUGAGGUGUUGGAAAACCUGUUGGAGAAUUCUUUACCUUAUCUUAAAUAUAGUUAUAAGAAAUAUAGAAUUAGACGCAAGAAAAAACAAGAAAAGGGAUCGCCAGCUGGGAAGAUUCUGUUUUCUUUCAGGGUAGAGAAAGAGUAUUUGAAACCUUCUUAUUCUGCAAGCAUAGGCAACGAGCUUGAAGAUGGACUCUUUGAUGACUUUUUGGAGUUGGCAUUGCAGUUUGGACUCAUCAUGAUGUUUGCUUGUGCAUUUCCGCUAACAUUUGCCUUUGCUUUUCUGAACAACAUCACUGAAAUCAGAACAGAUGCAGUAAAGCUGCUUACCAUGUUUAGGAGGCCUGUUCCUCGUGCUGCCGUAACUGUUGGAGCUUGGCUGAACAUUUUUCAGUUUCUGGUUGUGAUGUCUAUAUGCACCAACUGCGCACUUUUAGCGUGGUUAUACGAUCAGGAGGGUAAAUGGAAGAUAGAACCCGGACUUGCCGCUAUCCUUAUAAUGGAACAUGUUCUACUCCUGAUAAAGUUUGGAUUUUCUCGCUUUGUUCCAGAGGAACCGGCAUGGGUGAGAGCUAACCGAAUGAAGAAUGCUACACAGGCUCAGAACAUGUGUUCUAAGCAGCUUUUGCGGACCAUGUCUGGAGGAGAGAAGGCAUUUGGUCAGGUAAAAUGUUCUAAUCCGGAGUGUAAAACGGUACCCUCAUCUGAACCCAUUCAGGAAGAUCUUUAAACUAACAAGAGUUCGGCAGAAUCAGAUAGUUCAGUUGUCAUGAAGGUGUAGUUUCAUCUAGAAGAAGGCCUUUAAUUUGCAGAGAUCUAUAUAUAAAUAUAUAUAUCUAUACAUAUUCAUUUCGUGGAAUGGAAAAGCUUACCAUUCUUGGUUUUGUUCAUAGCUAAAGUAUCUACUAUGAUAAUAUCAUAUAUAGAAUAGACCAUUUCAGGGAUUGGCCCAAGUUUCUUACCACUAACCCCAUGAAAAAGGCAGCGCAUUCAGAAUCAGAACGUGCUCUAAACAGCUUAUCAGAACCAUGUUUUAGAGGAGAAAAGGAUUUUUGUUAAGGUAAAGAUUAAUGGUUGAGUCACAUCAUGUCAUAUGAACAAAGAAUUCUAUGGCUGAAUUGCUUUUGCCUAUGUAAGUUUUGACAUUUCUUGAGACCCUGUUUUUUCAAUCAAUACAAAUUUUUUUGUA